GACUAGCUGCCUGAACUUGAACACUGACGGCUAGAGAAGGCUGCGACCGUGACCACAGCCGGCGGAGAUAAAUCCGGAGGUCGACUGUGUUGAGUUUGUUUGCUUGCUUGCUUGCUUGCUUGCUUGUUUGCUGUAUUCGUUUUACGUCACCGGUAUUGUUCAGUCAUUCAGGACAUCGUAUAGGUAAUUAACACCGACAAAAAGAAGAAAAAAGCCGUGUGCACAAAAAGCUGAUAAUGUCCAGGCGCAAACUUGGAAGCCGACCGCAGCACCUGAGCGUGAUUCAAGAAACGUCGGCCCUGAGAAGUAGGAAGCGACACCAGAUUUGGUGGUACCGAUGGGCAGAGAAGCCACACCUCAUUUACAUGGACUGACAGAUGAUCCAGAGCCCAGCGUGACUCCGAGCUCACCCUGCUCUCCUGAUCACGUCGCUGAAGGCAGCGAUCUACUGACAUGCGGUCAGUGUGGUCAGGCUUUCCCUCUGGCACACAUCCUCACCUUCAUCCAGCACAAGCAGGGAGGAUGUAGCCGCACCAGGGCCGGCCCGCUGGACCACACGCCUCAGUCUCCAGCCAAUCACGCAUUCCGACAUGGCCCAGGCGUGCAGCUGAAGACAGACUACGUGGAGCUGAAGAGGACAACAGGCAGGCGUUGGGAAGAAGAACCAGGUGUGAAGGCGGAGCCUAACCGAUCAGAUGAGCCAUCCAGUUUUACCUGCCUGGUGUGUGAGUGUGUGUUGCCUAGUGCAUGGGCUCUACUCCAACACGCCCAGUACACACAUUCCCUGAGUCUCUACCAAGUCGAGACCGGUCACCCCCAAAAGCCCAAAACAGCGGCCAUGAUGGAUCCACGCCACCUGGGUGCCACACUGGCCUCCGCCUUCCACGCUUCCGCUGCCAUGAAACGUUUACCACGCUCCCAUCAGCCCCAGAGCCAUGCCCCAAUGUCAGGACAACGAGAUCUUCAGAGCCUGAACUUCUCACUGUGUCUGCAACGGCUGGCAGAGGUGAGCGUUGGGAAUGGAGGAGUCGUGCCCUCGCCCUCUCCAUCGCCACCCGCCGCUUCUCCUUUUCCUCACUCUACCCCUCCAUUGCUAGGCGCCUUCUCCUGUGAGGUCUGUGGCCAGAAUUUCCAGUCCUUGCGCAGCCUCUCUGCUCAUCGGCGCACACAUGCCACUGAGAAGCCUUACCAUUGUGCUGUGUGCCAGCUAUCAUUUGGCCAAAGUGGAGAGCUAGCUCGACACAUGAGGAGCCACCGAAAAGCUGCGGAAAGUUCAUUUAAAGUGUCAGAAAGCUCAUUAAGACUGCCACAUCUUGUCGCUGCCACCGCAAACGAGGAGAGGAAAAUCCCAAUCAGGUUUUCUCAGCAGGGAUAUGGGGAUAGUGUGCAUCAGGAAGGUGACCCUGCAGGCACAGGUUUGAUCUUGUUGGCAUCCCAGCCGGGAGGAGUCAACCGCAACUUUCCAAGGUACUAUCCCCUUCAAGCCGAGGUAGACGAGGAGGUACAGGUAGAGCCGCAGCAUCCUUCACCCUAUGGCAGCCCCUCAGAGGGCUCUCUGGACAGCGGAGAGACUGGCGAGAGCGGCAUCGCCAGCGGAAACUGUACUCCCAAGAGGCCUGAGCGUGACAACGAGAGAGAGGGUGAGGUGGAGGCAGAAGUGGAAUGCGUGGAUGUUGUGCAAGAUUGGCCACAGGACAACGAAAGACGGCAGUCUGCCGGUCGCAAAAAGAAAGAAGAGGCAUGUGAAUACUGCGGUAAACGAUUCCGCAACAGCAGCAACCUGACUGUGCAUCGAAGGAGCCACACAGGUGAACGGCCUUACCGUUGCGGAUUGUGCAGUUAUGCUUGUGCCCAGAGCAGCAAGCUGACCCGCCACAUGAAGACCCAUGGCACCCGUGGCACCCGUGCCCCCUUCCAGUGCCAGCUCUGCUCUGUGCCCUUCACCGUCUAUGCUACACUGGAGAAGCACCUGAAGAAGACACAUGGUAUUAGCCAUGCCACGGUCGGAGCCUACAGCCAGAACACACACUCUUUAAGCCCUCCACUUGGAUAUACCAACCUUGCCAUUAAAAUGGAAGAUGAUCCCACUAUCGAGCACUCCGAUGGCCCAGUCCAAACCAGCAAAGAGUUGUCCGAAACUCUCAAAGAAGAGGAUUCCGAAAUGAUGGUCACCACUGAUGGUGCUCCCUCACCCAGUCCUGAAGAUGCCAGCCAUAACAUAGAGUUGAGUCUUGCUCCAAGCACUGCCUGAACAUUUGAGGAAUCCUUCAGGAUUCAUACUGACCACUGCCAGCACACCAGACACUCGUAUCUGAUUCUACCCUGCCCCUGGUCAGCAACUCCCUCAGUAACUGACACACCGAAACUCAUCUGUUGGUGAACACGAGCCACGUUCUGGGGCAUGUAGUUGAUCAGCUAUCCUAGAUCAGAUAACAGUCAAGUGCCUACAUGUAGACAACUGUGACCAUUCCUGUAAGGAUUCAGGACUCUGUAUGAUAUUUUGAAUUGUUUUGCACUCAUUACGGUGAGUGAUUUGACUCGUGAUUGUCCAGUCUGUCCAGGACUAUAGAAGAAGACAGGUGUAUCAGCCUAAAGCAUCAAUAACCACGAAAGAUCAAAAUUGUCUGUAUAUGGUUCUUAUUAGUUUUUUUGUUAUAAGAUUCUUAGAUGUUGGUUAUUUGUAAAGAGCUCUGUUUGUUACGAGAGAUUACACACUCAAUUUUAAUGGCUCUUAAAGUGAAAUUGAUGUGGGAAGUAACAUUUUUGUAAUGCUCUCUUUCCCCACCGUUUUUGAAAUAUACUGGCAAUGGGUUUUUUUGUUGUUGUUGUGUUUUGAUUUUUGUUGUUGUUGUUGGUUUCAGCUAAAAAAUUCUUUUUAAACUUGGAAGUUUAAUCUGUGUCCUGAACACUGGACCUUAAUUUUUGGGAUAUUGUUUAUAAAUAGCACAGUUUGGGUAUGUGGCAAUGAGCAUCAACAAUCAUAACACAGAUUCCUGUGUUCUCGAGCAUGCAUGGCAAUGUCUUAGGGAUCUUUUUGUAAAUGUAUCUGAAGUCAGCGCUUACACGUUCUGUGCAUUGUAACCUAUUUGUCUCGAAACCUCUAGCUGCUCUUCUAUGCAUAAAGCUUCAUUUUAUAUCUCAAAAGAAACGGGUGUCUCUACGCUAUGUAGUCUGUAUUGCUGUUUACAGAUGAAUGUUCUGUUUACAGGUUAUGUUUGUUUAACUGCAUGCCAUGAACUGUUAAGCUUUUCUUUAGCCCUGUGUCUUUUUCUUGGGUGCUGCAUGUUGUGUGAGUGCACAAACGAAAAACCUCGCUUCAGAGGAAUGACUGGGUGGGGAACAGCACUGACCUGUUGCCUGGAGAACCUGCUGUGUGAGCACUUGCGUGUGUGUGUGUGUGUGUGUGUGUGUGUGUGUGUGUGUGUGUGUAAAUAUACAUAUGGGUUGAAACAUGUCUUAUUGUAUGUAUGCAGAAAAGUUUUAUUAGUUUAUUUUCUCCAAUUAUCUAUGUCUGUCUGUAAUCUGUCAGGGAACUGUUUGUUUUCUUUUACGUAAAAAAUACAGUUCUGACUAUUUGAAUAUAGACAAAUGUGAAAGGCUGUUGGGCACGACAGUGUCCACCACUUCAGGGAACGACACGCUGUACAUAGAGAUCUUCACCCUCCCUAAUAUUGAUGAUCCACUUUGUUUGCUUCAUUUGGAUUGAUUUCAUUUAUAUCUGUUAUGUAUGUGUAAUAUGUUCCCCUAGCAUUCCAUGGGAAGCACAUGCCUUUGUUAUUUUGUUAUUCUGUGCCUGUGCAGGUGAAUAUUAAAAAGACUGAUGCAAAGUCAAAAU